AAUAUCUUUUUUUCAUAAAUAUCUUAAUUCGUACUAAAUUUUCACCUGAGAAGAAAUGUGUAAGAGGUAUAAGAAAUAAAAUUAAUAAUAUAAAGAAAUAAAAAUAACGAAAGAGAUAAAGUACAUUUUUAUAUUUUUAUAUAUUUAAUACUUUUAAUUGUUCAUAUGCAUUGUCAAAUUCUGUGUUUCUGUGAGAAAAAAUUAUAAUUGUUACAUAAACAAAUACCGUAAUUUUAGAAAAACCAAAUUACAGAGAAAACAUUAUUUUUUUACUUUAAAUUAAACUUUAUUACAAAAACUUUAUUGCUGAGAAUAAAAUGUCAAAGAAAAUGGGAGGUGGAUAUACUAAUUGAGAACAGAAUUACGCAGAUUAUUCGGAAGAAAGAUGAUCAAGGAAUUCUCAAUUAGACGAAAUUUGCGAGUGAUCGAUUGAGGUAGCGCGAAAGCGUUCGCCAAUCAACGCUUGGCGAUUACAAGGCGAAUAUGAGAGCCAAACCCCGCGAAAGAGAGGAAGAUGUUGCGACUAGUUUUUUCUUAUUCUCUUUCUCUUCUAUCUUUUUCGUAUCUCUUUAUCUAUCUCCUUCUCUUUUUUGGAAGUGAGUAAAUCAAUUAAAGCUGGCUGCUUUACGACCAGAUUGUAAUUGUAGAAUGUCUACAUCGAUUGGAGAUCACCUGGACUGCUUGCAUACGACGCAGAGUAAAUCCACGACUUCUCCCUCGGCCUGUCAUCUAUUUUUAAAAAUGCAAGACGUGUGCAAUAUUGUAUAUAUGGGCCAAUUUUUUCGCGCAUGCACAUCAAAUGCAGUUCAGUAAAGUGUUGUAAAAUGGGUUCAUUAGUUGCCCCAAAGUUUUGCAGAAUUUUAAUAUAUUUUAUACGCUUUAUGUUUCUUAAUUACUUCCUUUCCAUUUAGAGAGAUCUAUCUGCUAUUGAAAUAAAUUAGUAACAGAAAAUGUAAUAAUUAAUCUUAAUCUAUCCUUGUAUAUCGCCGAGCUACAUAACUAAAACUCGUGCCCAUUUCUUUUACGCUAUUGCACCAUAGUGCACUUGUCGCUUCACGGUCGCGCAUGCGCGAGAGAACCGGUCUCCCACUAAUAACAGUGGCGCGCGAACGUUCUCCAACGUUGGAUCGUUGCGCGAGCAACGUGAACGAUUGUUUGACGCAAGUACCGACCAGUAUUGACGACUAUCGCGCAAUUCGCGCGUCAAUCCGAUAAUCGCGCGUCGACAACAGACGGUUGAUUCGCCUCUGUCAUUCGUUUAUGUCUCUCGUCACACACCCCAUAUUGGCCGCCACGCAUCUCGUCAAAAUUCGGUCCCGCGUUGUCAAGUAUAUCUGCGCGACACUCGCGAUCCUGUCGCCCGUAACUCUUGCCCGGGACAUGGCCAUGAAUGGGCGUUAUCGCGGCAGGAAUAAUCAGGAGCUCGUGCAACAUCUACGACGGUCCAGGAUAAUUAAAUCUGACAAAGUAUUUGAAGUAAUGAGUUCUGUGGACAGAGGAAACUACACUGAUCCCAGCCAUGCUUACGUAGAUGCACCACAAGGGAUUGGUUACGGCGUCACCAUCAGUGCUCCUCACAUGCAUGCGUAUGCCCUGGAAUUGCUUGAAGAAAAAUUGCGUAAUGGCAAAAGAGCAUUGGACGUCGGUUCUGGAUCAGGAUACCUAACGGCAUGCAUGGCUCUUAUGAUGGAGGAUCCACAAGGAUUAGCCAUUGGCAUCGAACAUAUUCCGGAGCUUCGAACGAUGGCCGAGAAGAAUAUUCGACGUGACCACCCAGAACUUUUGAUCGAAGGACGCGUGGAAUUGGUUGUUGGUGAUGGAAGAUUGGGAUACUCCAGUCAUGGACCAUACGAUGCCAUUCACGUAGGAGCAGCUGCCGAGGAAACGCCGCAAUCGUUAAUAGAUCAAUUGGCACUUGGUGGACGCUUAGUUGUACCCAUCGGUCCAGAAAGUUCAGGUCAAACCUUAGUACAAAUUGACAAGACUCUAGAUGGUACAAUCAAAAAGCGAUCCUUGGUAGGCGUGGCAUUUGUUCCUCUCACCGACAAAGAGCGACAAUAUCGUCGUUCCUGAGGCACGUGUCAGCUCUAAUAAGAGCAUCGUUUUAUUUAUAUUUAUGGUUAUAUGUGUUAUUUUAUUAUUUUAAGGUGGUUCAUGCAUAAUGAAGUACUGCAGCUCUUAUUUAUAGGAAUUAUUAUUAAAGUGUCGAUACACAUUCUCAUGAAAUAUGAGAUAAGUUUACCGUACAUAUAUACCAGAAAGUCUCGAAAUUUCGAAAUUUUAAUACAAUUCUUAGUUGUUGUUUAAUUUUUUAUUGGAAGUACAAACUUUUAUUUUAAUUAAUUACUGACUAUGUAAACCAAAAACUAGGUUAUAAAAAUGACUCGCAAACUUUUUAAUGACUACAAACAAUAUAUUUAAUAUCGACAGUUUAUUAUUAAUAUUUAAUUUGAAAAAUGAUAAAAUAUGUGAAAUCUCAGAAUAAGUCAUAUUAGUAUCUAACAAAUAUUUUAAAAGAAAAAUAUUAAAAACUUAUUUGUUUUAAAAAUAAAUUAUUUUUAUGUAUUAUUCAUUCAUAUAUUUCAUAUAUGAAUAAAAUAAUAGUUUAGAAAAUUUGUGUCUAUUGAUUAGAGAGUCGUGCAUGAACUUCCUUAACAGCUCAUGUGAAACCGUUUUAUUCAUGUAGAUAAAAAUAUCUAUAAAAUCAAUUUAUUAAAUCACAGACUUUAUUACAGACUAUGAACACUGCACUGACGCAUAGUAAAUUCAUUGCUAUAGAUUAGAUUAAAAUCUAAUAUGAUAAGAUUUUCAGUAUCUUCGAGUUUGGUAUAGUUUCUUUUAUUAUAUUUUGUUUUGCAAGAGAACAACUAUUACUAUAACUUCUAUUUGCAAAGGCUUUAAUUUUACCGAUGUUUUCGAACUUGUAAAUUACAUGAAGAUGUACUACAAUUAAGCGGAGAAAUAAUUUUAAACUCAUGCGGAUCUAAAUUGUAGCAUUAAUAAUUUGUCACACUUACAAUUGCUUAAAACUGUGAUUUAAAUAGUAGCAGCACCAAUAAAAGUAAGUAGGGCUAUAUGAAACGUUACCUAAAAUUUAAAAAGUUUCUCUGUGACUCUCACUAGUUUUUUUAUGCUUAAUCUAAGCCUUCAUAUGAGUUCUGAGUCCAACACAACCUUCAAGUUAGGAAUACGUAACUAGCGAAUCGCUGGCUAAAUGCGCCCCACAAGGCUUUCCAAUUCAGACCAUGAUAUUGAAGCUUGACUCGCACAAAAAAUUGAUUGAUUAAUGAAUAGAGUCAAUUGUUUUAAUAUAAUAACAUAAAAAAAUAUAUAUUGUUUUAAUACAGAUAUUUAUAUAUUUAUAAGUUGUACAUUUAGUUACAACCCGCGAUGUAAUUUUAAUUUUCAUAUUUGGCCCACCAAAAAAUUUAGUUGCGUUUCCCUGCUCUAGGUGCAAAGGCUUAAGUAUAUAGCCCUCUUUAAGUUUUAAUACAGUUUGUUUCUUAAAUUUUAUGUUCACGAUGUUAGAAAUCGGUCCGAGAUCUUCGUCGAAAUUCCUAGCAUCGUGAAUACUUUAGAUCUAGUACCGCCCCUCCUGACUCUGAUACAGCUUAGGAAAAUUAUAUGUAUGUAGGAUGACGAUUGAGAUCUGUUGAUUAUAAUCAUUUUUGAAGCUACAAAGCCACGCGCCUCACUUGAUUUAAAUAAAUACAAAAUAAAAGAUUUUAUUUGUAAAUUUUACAAAAAGUUAUAUUUGUAUCACACCAUAUCUCUAAGUCAUAUUUAAUAUCUUUAUUAUAUCUUUAUAUUAAUAUUAUAAUAUAUAUCAUAUUAUAUAAUAUAUAUUAUAAUAUAUUAAUUAUGUGCUUUAUAAUAAUUUUAUUGUAGGUUCCUUUAAAAUUGUAUUUCACAGGUUAAAUGUGAAGAGGACUAUAUAUAAUAUAAUUAAGUAUUUUAUAUUUAUUAACAUAAAGUCAUUUAAAUAUUUAUUUUUAACAAAGCUAUUGUUAUAUCUAAUAUUUAUUAUAUAUCUUCUAUUUUUCGUCUCAAUUACUAUUUAUAUUUCUUUCAAUUAUAGAUAUGCUAUGAUUGAAACUAAAUGUACAUAAUUUACAAUGAUAUCAGAGUCUCAAAUAUCUUUAUCUGUCUCUUUGAUGUCAUAUGUGAACGUAACAUUGUAAUUAUAUAUAUUUUAUCUUAGGAUAUAUAUGUAAUAAAUGUAUCAUAAAUUAUAUAUAAA